AGGCAGCGGCAGUCGGUGUACGCAGCCGGCGGUCGACGGUUGGUCGCGGAUCUGCGGCUCGGUUGUUGUUAAUUGUUAUCAAUCUGUGCUGUAUUAUUGUGAAUGAGUACGGUGUUUGUGUGGCUCUAACGGUACUGUUGCGCGCCUCAAAUCUAGAUUCUAUGCGAUGUUAAUUGACAUUUAGGCAACGAAGUGACGUAACACAGGAACAAUGCCGCGACCAGAGCAACAACCUCCGGAGGACUUUCGCCGCGUGUUGCGCGAGAAAGCGCUCAACCACAGCCUGUUUUACCUGAAACUGAGCGCGGGCAUUGAGCCGGACAAGGCGCGCGCAGAUCUGCCGGCGCAGUCGCACGCGCAGCGCCGCGCCAGCGGCAGUGGGCUCGUGAGCGCGGCACCGCACGCGCGUCUCCGGCACGCCCAGCCGCGUGUCUCUGAGCUCCUGCGUCGCUUCGAGCCCGCGCCCAUGCAGUACUUGCGCAUCCCGCGUGCUGCCACACCGCCCGAGGACAUCACCUCCUCUGACGACGAUGAUCGUGCGGCGGUUCGUCGCCGUAGCCGCGACCUGAGUGACGAUUCCGCCGUGGAGCUGGAGCCGCGGCCGCGCCGGCACUCGCACCCCCGUGACGUGACGCCACCACCAGGAGCGCCUUCGCCAAGGCGGGAGCGCACGCUGGUGGAGGCUCACGUGGUACAGCUGGGGCGGCGCGGCAGCGAGGGCUGCGAGACGAGGGGUCGCUGCGUGCGCACUCCCAGUGUCGUCGUCAGCGACUACUCUGACGGUGUGGCGGUAGGCGCCACAGCGGAGGAGGCGGCCUGGUUGCGCGCGCGUUCUCUGUCCGCGGAUUCUGCCUGCUCUUCCUGCUCCACGCUCUCCAGCCGGGAUGAUGAGGAGUUCGAGUCUCCAACGCUACCUAAAAAGCAGUCGGAAAGAUGGCGUAAACUCCGUAACAUCGUGCAGUGGACGCCAUUCUUCCAGACAUACAAGAAGCAGCGAUACCCUUGGAUACAACUUGCUGGUCACCAAGGGAACUUCAAAGCUGGACCCGAUCAAGGGACCAUACUUAAGAAACUCUGUCCUCAGGAAGAGAGAUGUUUUAAGUUGCUGAUGAAAGAUAUCCUCCGGCCGUUUGUACCCGAAUAUAAAGGUCAAGUGACUUGCGAAGACGGAGAAUUGUACCUCCAGCUUCAAGAUCUCCUCAGUGAUUUCGAUUCGCCGUGCGUUAUGGACUGCAAAAUUGGAGUAAGGACGUACUUAGAAGAAGAACUAGCAAAAGCUAAAGAAAAAACCAAAUUGAGAAAAGACAUGUAUGAGAAAAUGAUACAAGUCGACCCUAAGGCGCCAACAGAAGAAGAACACAGAAGUAAAGGAGUGACGAAGCCGAGAUACAUGAUUUGGAGGGAGACUAUUAGUUCCACUUCAACUCUUGGCUUCAGAAUAGACGGAGUCAAGAAGGCUGAUGGAACCAGUUCGAAAGACUUUAAAACUACGAAGACGAGGGAACAAAUCUUAGAAGCGUUUCAAGAUUUCACAAAUAGUUUUCCUAAUGCUGUGCCGAGAUAUCUGGAAAGGCUGAAAAACAUUCGAGCAACUCUCAUAGAGUCACACUUCUUCAAGACUCACGAACUGAUCGGUAGUUCGUUGCUCUUCGUCCACGAUAAAAGGAAAGCUUCCAUUUGGAUGAUUGACUUCGCAAAGACCGUUCCAGUACCCGACAAUGUCACCAUCGAUCACAACUCAGUAUGGAAAGUUGGUAACCAUGAAGAUGGUUAUCUUAUUGGUAUUAAUAAUCUAAUAUCAAUAUUCGAGUCCCUCACGAAGGAUGACAAUGGGAACAUAGAUCAGUGCUAUUCAAACUUAAGUUUAGAUAAAAACGUUAGAAGAGACAGUUUAGCUACUUGAAACUUGAACACGUUUGACUUUUUGUGCAUUGUGUAUUCGAUUAUCAGUAGCCGGUACUACUGUAUGAAGACAGGUGACUAAACGGAUCGUAUCGAAGUGGUCACGACGUGUAAAUAUCGUAAGACUGUUGUCUUGUUGUAAAAAGAUUUAGUUAAGUUUAAAUUGUACACCUUUUUGUAUUAACAAUAAGUGUUAAAAUACUCAAGUUAAAGAGUAGCUUAAGGAGCCGUCACUUAAUUUUCUUAGUAUGUAGAUUGAACAAAUGAUUGCUUUAACUUUAACUACGUAACUAAAUACGUAAACAAUGCAGCAAAAUCCAAUAUAAUUUCAAAAUUAUUGGGUUUUAAUGUUUUGCUGCGUAACAUUGUCUAAAAAAAGAUUACAUCCUUAACUGUGAGACAUUAAAUUAAAGUUUAAUCUAAUAUAAAUUUGUUAAAUCUAUUCAAAUGAUGUAAAAGUUUUUUGUUUUUAAUUUUUUUAUUUAGCAACAUCAAAAUAUUUUGGAUUGUAUUAAAUUUUUCAUUUCCGUUAAUAAAAUAUAUAGUUGAAACCAAUCGUAUUGAUAAAAUGUAAAUGUAUAAAUAAUAUGUUAAGUUGAUUACAUUUCAAAAGAUAUAUAGACUGUAAAAUGACUUUUGAUGAACUUUGUUCAAAUAUCACGUUAUAUUUAUUAUGUACACUAUAUUAGUGUAAAGACUAGAUACAACUUUAAUAAA